AGGCUUGCUAUAUAGCUUAUACCCUUGAUUUAGUCUUGAACUAUACUUAACUGACUCGAUUAAACAAAGCAAGCGAGCCAGAAAUUAUGUACAAGCUCUAGAAAUGGUUUAUAUCAGCAAUGUAAUUAUACUUUAGCUCAGAUUUCACUAGUAAAACAGUUUGGAUUUCCCAACAAUGAGUGAUCAAAAAUAAUGUGCGGUUGAGGGACAAAAAAUUUUUUUUCCUGUUUCUUUUAUAUAUAGCGUCUUUCCAUAACUGAAAUUCAAUUUCUCAUUUAGCCGUCCACAACUCAAAACCAACCGGUCCAGCCGCAUUAACGAGUCGUAUGAUUACACGUACUUAGAACAACCUUACUUUAUCGAUCACCCCAUUUAACUACUAGUACACACGCACAUACCCAGACUAUACCUUCCUCCUGAGGUUCAUCGCCCCCACAACCACAGAAAAAAAAAUAGAAAAUUUUGAGCAUCGGCAAUGCUUCACCAACCGGCAUUAAAACCAGGAUCGGUUACAGAUACAACCGACUUCAGUAUCAGAUCCUCAGAUACUCCAGUAUCCAACUUCGACACACAGCUGGAGAGUUUCAACCAGCCUGACGAGUCCGUGGCGUCUACCAACGGCGGCGAUUCGAAAAAGCAGAAGUCAACUCGUCGUUCCGUUGCUUGUAAGAGCUGUCAUUCGCUCAAAGUGAAGUGCACCCCUGCAGACCCCAACAACCCAGGAGGUACGUGCAUCAGAUGCUUGAAUGGACGCAGGAAGUGUGAGAUCGACUUGAAUCAAACACGAAAGAGAAGAAAGAAGGCAGAUAUACUCGGAGCUAGGCAAAAUGCUGCUGCCGCUGCCGCUGCUUCUGCUUCUGCUAAUGCUGCUGCUAACUCAAAUGCUGGUGAGAGUCCUAAUGCGCCAACGGUGUCUUCUCCAUUAAACGAAUCAGAACCAGAUAAUGAAGUUGCACGUUUGCGUCAGCGAGUUAAACAAUUAGAAGCACAAUUGGCCCAACGUCACAACCACCAACAUGCAAGAAAGGCGUCGUUGAACAGUACCAGUGAUACAAUCUCGGAAGUCAAUUCACCACCGUUUGUGUCCAAGUAUGAUUUAGAACGCGAAGUUACCAUUUUGGUGGAAUCGUCAACAACCAAGUUAUCCGACUUGACUCAGGAAUUAAACGCUGUUGCAGGACAAAGAACGGCAUUGUUGAGAAAUGGUACCACUAUAGACAUGGUUUCGUCGGGUUUGAUUACUAUUGGCGAAGCAGAAGAACGUAUGGACGUUUACCGUAAUAAAAUCUACGCCUUAAAUCCAAUUGUCGAGAUUCCGUUGAGUCUUUCCGUGGAUGAAUUCAGGAAAAAACAGCCAUUCUUGUUUAAUGCAGUGAUGUCGGUGUCCAAUGCGUUAUAUUCCAAGACUGGGAGCAUUGAACAUGCUUUGAGAAUUGACAAUGAAGCGAUAAGAACAGUAACAUUUGAAAUCAUGGUUGCUGGUACUAAAUCAGACGAACUCAUCAAAAGUUGUUUGAUUUUAUGUUUAUGGUACAAUUCACCGGAAUUGUUUCGUCAACGUCGUUAUCACUUAUUGAACACCAUUUGUGUUUCUUUGUUGCAUGACUUGGGGAUUAUUUCUCGCCGUACUUAUUCAUUUAGAGAAGUUCAACUAGGUGCUGAUCCAUCCAAGGGUAAUACCGAGUAUCGGUCGUUGAUUUUGAUUAUCUACUUCACUACCGUGAGUAUUUGUUUGAUAUUACGAAGAACAAUCUAUGUGAAGUGGACACCAUAUGUCGAAGAAUGUUGCAGUAUUCUUGAGAACUCCCCAGAACCACGUUAUCGUAACUUGGCGUUGUUUUCCCGGUUGAAUCAUUGCUUGGAUAAGAUUCAUCAUAUCCUCCAUGCGCCAGAGAUUUCCGAAACCAGAACAUCCACAUCAUCAUACAUUAUUCACGAUUUACAAAAACAAUUGACAGUGAUUAGAGUCAAGAUUGCUGAUGAUGACCAUGCUAAUUUAGCCUAUUACUUUUCCGUGGAAGCGUAUCUUCAUGAACCUUGUCUCACCAACAUUUUCACCAGUGAAGAUUCUGAAAAGGGAGUUAAAUUGAACGAUAAUGCCGUCAAGUCAAUUUCCAACUGUACCAGUUCAUGUUUGAAUGCGUUGGAUGAAUUCAACCAUUUGACUUCGGAACAAGUUGCUGCUAUUCCCUUGUUUUACGGGUGCAGAAUAAUUUAUACCGCAGGGAUGUUGUUGAGAUUAAGAUACUUGAUUUUGUCAUUACCUUCGUUGAUUGAGAAGGAUUUGGUACCUAGACAUGCAGUCACAGCCAUCCAAAGAACCAGUAAGUUAGUGGAGCAGGCCAAUUUAAUGCACCCAACCAAUCACUUUUUGAAAAAGACAAGAUUAGUGUUGCAGUUGUUUAUCCAGACUUAUGCUACAGAAGUGCAAGAUUUAUUACGAAAGAGUGGAGAGACGCCACAGAACUUCAAGCCUAAUGAAAAUGAAAUUAAUGAAAUGGAGAAAUUGGUUUCAAUGUACCAAUCACACGCUAAAGCUAAUAGGAAGUCAUUAUUAACUGACGAGCCAGAACGGGUUGGUUCUUCUGUGCCGCUUGACAUUUUGUCAUACGCUGCCAGCGUCCGUCGUGAAUCUUCCAAUGUACAACAGCACCUUCAACCAUUGUUCCCCCAGCCUGAACCAAUGAGAACAGGUGGCGAUGCUGGCUCUUCCAAGGUAUCACCAUCACAUUACAGUUUCCGAGGAAUCAACUCUGGAGUAGGAUUCAACAUAGGAAACCCAGCAUUCAACGGCCAGGGCCAGCCAAUGAUGCCAUUGUCCGAGCUGCAACAACACGAUUUACUGAGAAUGCCCUCGGUCUCCACGGGUGCUAUUGACCCAACUAUGAACAACAGCAAUAUGGGACGCAACAGUCUUUCGUUUCUGCAUAACCUUGCCCAUCCCGAUCAUUUAGAGUCGAGCUACAUGACGUUGAAUGACGAGUUCUGGGCGGAUUUGUUGAGUGCCGACGCUGACCGGUUGAAUUUCAGUAAUAACAACGCCAACACGGCCCAAUUGAACGAUGAAGUGUUUUUCAUGAAGAAUUAGACUUGUGUAUAUUUAUUUGUAAUUUAUUGUAAAGUUUAAUAUAGAAAAUUCAUAUUUAUUUUUUUUUGGGUUUUGCUUGUUUGUUCAGAUCAAUACCAUCACCUGUUACUUCUUUAUUCACCACCAAAUGGCUGAACGAAAUCACUUUGGAUUCAUCGACAUCUUGAGGAUACUCGGGGGCAUUCUCCUCUUCAACGCCUGCUUCUCGUGGUGGUUCACAUCAACAACCACUUGGGGAUACAAUGGCAAAUGGACCAGUGUCAACUAUUUGAAACAUAGACUCACAAACAACUUUGUCAACUUGACAACAGAACAACUCGCGUUAUACAACGGAACAGACCCAAGCCUCCCCAUAUACAUCGGCAUAAAUGGCCGCGUCUACGAUGUCAGCAUAUCACGAAGCAUUUACGGUCCCAGGGGGACAUACAACAAGUUGGCCGGCAAGGAUGCUGCGCGAGUUUACGUCACGGGUUGUUUCAUGAACCCAGGAGAGUACACCUAUGACUUACGAGAAUUGGAUCAAGAAGAAGUGGAACGAGAUUUGGCCGAUUGGCAGUACUUUUUCGAUAAUCACGAAAAGUAUUGGUAUGUCGGGGAAGUCCAGCACAAACCACCCACCGGUGAUCCACCCAAGCCAUGCGAACACAUGAAGUUCCCAGGGCUAGUCCAUCAUAAUAGAUAGUUCUAUACAAAUUAAUAUGGUAUAUGCAUCUUACUCUACUCUAUACACACUCUUGUAGACUGCUUUGCAACACUUUUAAUAAUUCCACAGGAUCUUCCAAUCCAAUACUGAUUCUGAUUAAAUUUCUAUCAACUUCCCACUGGGCAAUCUCUUCCAAUUCCUGAUAAUGGGCAAGGAUAGCAUAUGGACAAGCCAAGGUGAAGUUUGUUCCCAAACUUGGUCCCUUGUGAAGGUUCACCACAUUGAAGAACUUGACGGCAUGUUCGGGAUCCUUAAACAAGAAUGAAAUCAAUCCCCCAUACCCACCAUUGACGUUUUUGAUGACAUCAUAGUAUUUACGCGAUGCGCUCAAGGAAGGAUAAUACACUUUGGAGAUCAAAUCAUUGUUAUUUAACAAGUCAACCACUUGCUCGGCCGUAUUGUCUAUCUUGUGAACACGCUCAGCGAAAUCACGCGAGUUUCUUUCCAACCAUAAUGCAUCCUCAGCCCAGAAUAAAUCUUCGUACUCUUCGUUAAAGAAUUUCUUAAGGGUGGGGUAGUAUGACGAAAGUGGGUUCAAAAUCAACGACCCAGCCAACACGUUGGAAUCACCCGAGAAUACCUUGGUCAAUGACGAACAUACUAUAUCGGCGUAUGGCAAAACACUGAUGUUUAAAAAGUUACCUACGGUUUCAUCAAUGACCACAGCGAAAUUGUACUUGUCAGCCAAUGCCCUGAUUCUGGCCAAGUUAGGGGUUUUAAGUAAUGGAUUGGAAGGACAUUCACAAAAGAGGGCCAUGAUAUCAAUGGCUCCAGAUUCCAACCCUUGCUCUAACUCAUCUAAUGAAUCAUCAUCACCUAAUCCGUAGAAAUACACUCCUGGACCAAACUUCUUUAAAAUAUUCAAGGUGUCGACAUAAGGGAACCCAAAACAUACCGAUUUCUUUGGUUCACCUUUACUGGUUUGCAAUAAUGAAAAAUGGGCAAAGAAGAUUGAUGCCAUCCCGGAUGGGAACAAGUACACAUCGGUUUCUCCAAGAUGUUUACCUCUGCGAGCCUUUUCCAUUUCUUCAAUUUGAUUCUUGGACUUGUCAACUUUCCCACAAAUUCUUCGUCUCAAUGCCAUUUUGGCACCCUGAGUGAACUUCAAAUCGAGCACACGACCAUACUUUUGUUCAAUGAAUGUGCUGAACUCCUUGUCCACUUCAGCACUGCCAUUGUUGCUACUGUUAGAUUGCGAACCACCACGAGCAGCACUGAUCGAUGGCGAUCUCAGUUGGAUCUUUUGCGACUGCAACUCCAGUUUCAUAUUACCAGUACGUCCAUUCGACACCGGUUCCUUCUCAAACAACUCUUUCAACACAUAUUCCCCCAUUCUGGAACUUAUACCUUCGCCGGAAUGCUGCCAGUAAUUCUUUGCAAGGGGAUACUCUGAUGCUGGGAAAAACACGACCCCAAUAGUGGCAGCAAUAACGGUCGACUUGUCGUCUUCCAGAGCCGGGGCAGGUGUGCUCAACUGCAACACUCUCCGGCUGGCAUUAGUUUUCGCCUUGGAUUGGAUGAAUUCUCGACAUCUCUUAGCCACUUUGUAACUGGGGAAAAUCAUGCAUCGCUCACCAUCCCUCCCGUACUUGUGCUCGACUCGCUUGGAAAGGUCUUGGAUUAUAGGAUGAAUAAAGAACCGAGGGUAUCCCGAGCGCAUCUUGCUCACCACCCAGUCCUCGCCUUCUUCGUACCCCACGGUUGCUUCCCAAGUGGGUAACGUUACCGACACAGCGUGUGGGAUAUUAGGGAUCGGCAUCCCUAUCUCCUGUGAGGGCAGGGUUUGUAAUUGCAUGGUUAUAUAUAUAUACGUGAUGUAGUGACU